CCCUCCAGGCCCCGCUGCUGCUGCCGCCGGUGGCCGCGGACGGCCGGGGGAGGGGGUUCGGGGAGCCCCGCCGAGGUACAGUGCCGGGGGGGGCCCACGGGAGGGGCGGCUGCCGCUUCCCGCCCGCUCUGCGAGACCGGGGGAACCUCCGACCCCUCCCCCCGGGUGCCAAACCGCUUCGAGUCCGCGCCGCCUCGCGCUGCAACCCCCCCUCCGCCCGCCGGCAUUGCAUGCACCCCCCUUUGCACCGUGCGUGCGCCCCUUUGCACCGUGCAUACCCCCCCCUUGCACCGUGCGUGCGCCCCUUGCACCGUGCGUGCGCCCCUUUGCACCGUGCGCACCCCCCCUUUGCACCGUGCGUGCACCCCUUGCACUGUGCGCACCCCCCCGCAUUGCAUGCACGCCCCCUCCCUUUGCAUUGCUAGCGCCCCUCUCGCACUACGCGCGCCCCCCUCCCCAAAUUGCAUGCACCCCCUUGCAUGCCACGCCCCCCAGCAGUGCUCUCUGCGUGCACCCCCUCUUGUUGCACGCCCCGCCUCCCCGGCUUGCCCGGUGCGUGCCCCCCUCCCCACACCCCACUCGUGUUCCCCCCGCCCCACGCACACGUGCCCCGCCCGGUGCCUCCCUCCUCUGCAGGCCUGGGCAUACACCGCCUGCCCUCGGCAAUGCCGUUUUGCACGCGUGCCUUGCACGCUUGUACACACUUGCACAUGUAUGCACGACCACGCACAUGCAUGACCGUGCACAUGCCUGCCCAUACGCCCGCUUGCUUGCACCCCCGUGCACCCUUGCACGCCUCUCCCGCUGCACCCACGUCCCGCUGCCUGCACCGACGCUUCAAAUUGCGCUCGGCCGCUGCCGCCUUUUCCUUCCUGGCCGCCUUCCCGCAGGGCCGGGCUCCCUGCAGCGCCAGCCCGGGGGCCCUUUCCCGGGGGAAGCCGCUCUGCGCUCCUCCCUGCGCCGGAAAGUGCAUUUUUAGGCCUCUUCCGAAAGUGUUUUCCUCGGGAAUCACCCCACGGCACUGCUGCCCGCCUGCGCUCCCCACGAGCUUCGUUUACUUUUGCAAAAGAAUAUCGUUGCUCCGCUCCGUUUGGAGAGGGAGGAGGAAUUUGCUGUCCUGGCCGGAGUUGCUUUAUGGGUUUUGUGCUGCACGUCCUGGCGCUGCACCAAGCCGUCGCCUUCCCGCUCUCAGGAGCUUUUUUCUUUAAACAAAACCCCGAACUUUGCAGCUGGAUCCUUUGCAGAUAUCUGUUUCCCUGCCCUGCGUUGUGCUGCUGUUUGUCAAAGAGCUCUGCGUUCAGAGGGGGCUUUUGGAAGCAGGCUGGAAAAGUCGUGUUUUAUUAUCGCUUAUUGCAGCACUUCAGGGCUCUUACAGGAUGGAUUUUAUGGUCUGCUUUGCUGAUCGGUGGCAGGAGCUCAGCUGCGUCUGAAGGGACCUAUGGGCAUCUGUUUGGGUUUUCUUUUUUGCUUUUUUCUUUUUUUUUUUUUUUUUAGUUUGCAUGAAAAGGGAGGAAAACUGGGCUGUGCUGGAAUUGCUGUGCAUGCGUGCACAUGCACAGUGCACGUGCAUGCACGCUGCACUUAUGCACAUGCACACAGACGCAUGCAUGGAGCAGCAACCUUUCCUGCAGUUUUCCUGCAAACCUGAAGCAAGCAGCAGCCGGGGCUUUGCUGCCCCCAGACCUUCCCCUCUGGCUAAACGAAGCUUUCCUUGUUUGCCAAACGACGCGUGCAAAGUGCCUCCUUUCCCCGGGUCUUGCUGCGGUGCACAGAGCUGGAAACUGCAAAAUGCACAGCCGGCGUGGAAGCGAGACAGAAUUUGGGAGCGGUGCCGGCGCUGACCCCUGCAGUGCAUGAUUGCAAACAGCUGGGAGGACUCGGGGCAGCUCCGCCGGUGCGUGGCCGCGAUGGCGAGCGUGCUGUCCAGGCGCCUGGGGAAGCGCUCCCUGCUCGGCACCCGUGUCUCUGCCCCCGGUGCUUUGUCUGACGGGGUCCUGGCAGCUCCCCAGAUCCAUGCCGUGCUGCCAGACGAUGUGCCCUGCCCACAGCCUGCAGAGGAGAGCAGCCGGGCACCGAGAUUCCCCAGCCCCAGCCGCCGGCAACAAGUUCUUGUCACCUACAGCGGGCAGGAGUGCACAGGGCUGGCAGAGCAGCACAACCCGCCCAGCGACAAAGUGAAGGUGCUGCAGCCAGAGCAGAGCUUGCACACGUGCUGGAGGCUGCAGGAUGUGCCUGAGGCGCUGCAGAGAUCUGUGUCCAACAGCAUUGAUGUCCCCAAGAGGAAAGCUGAUGCAGCUGUGGAGAUGGACGAGAUGGUUGCAGCCAUGGUGCUGACGAGCCUCUCCUGCAGCCCCGUGGUGCAGAGCCCUCCUGCCAGCGAGAGUGGCAUCCCCCCAUCACGGGCAGCGUGCGAUCCCUGGAAGGAGAGCGGCGACGUCUCAGACAGCGGCAGCAGCACCACCAGUGGGCACUGGAGUGGGGGCAGCGACAUCUCCACCCCAUCCCCCCCACAUCCCGAGGGCAGCCCCAAGCACUCCAGCGAGGCGCUCAGCUCCCCGCCAGCUGAUGAUGGCUUCGAGACCGACUCCGAUCCCUUUCUCCUCGACGAGCCGGCUCCGCGGAAGAGAAAGAACUCAGUGAAGGUGAUGUACAAGUGCCUGUGGCCGAACUGUGGCAAAGUCUUGCGCUCCAUCGUUGGCAUCAAGCGGCACGUCAAGACCCAGCACCUUGGAGACAGCGCUGACUCUGACCAGCGGAAGCGGGAAGAGGAUUUCUACUACACUGAAGUGCAGGUGAAGGAAGAGCCCGCACCAGAGACAACCACCAACACCAGCCCCACAUCCGUGUCCACCCCCAUCAUCAUCCAGCAAGCCAUGGCCAAGCCGGAGGCUUUGCUGGUGGAGCCGCCGGUGCUGGAGCCCGCUCUGGCCAGCAGCGCACUCAGCCAGUCUGCACCCAGUUCGUUCUGGCACAUCCAGGCUGAUCAUGCCUACCAGGCGUUGCCCUCCAUCCAGAUUCCAGUGUCCCCACACAUCUUCACCAGCAUCAGCUGGGCCACUGCCACCUCGACUCUCCCGUCCCUGUCGCCGGUGCGGAGCCGGUCGCUCAGCUUCAGUGAACCCCAACCUCCCACACCGAUGCUCAAGUCCCACCUGAUCGUCGCCUCGCCGCCCCGCGUGCCCCUCGGCACCAGGAAAGUCCGUGGUGAAGCCAAGAAGUGCCGUAAGGUGUACGGCAUCGAGCACCGGGACCAGUGGUGCACAGCUUGCCGGUGGAAAAAAGCCUGCCAGCGCUUCCUGGACUGAGCAUGGCCCUGCAGUGCCACCUCCCUCCCUGCUCCUGCCCGAGGAGCACUGGAGUCCCUCACUGCUGCACCCAGGGACCUUGGAGGCACCUCCUGGGACUCCAGAAGAGCCCUCCAGAGCUGCGUGUAAAUUCCUCCUCCUGUAUAUUGUACAUCAGCUGGGUUUGCUCGUUUCGUUUUUGUUUUGUUUUGUUUUUUAACACUUUUUUUUUCCAAAUCUGUUUUUUUUUUUUUUUUUCUAAACGUGAAGAAUAUCUCCUGUUCAUACAGUUUAAAAACUGGGCCUAGGAGGAGGAGGCCAUGGCUCGGUGCUCGGGGGACGUUGCAGGUGAUCUGGGGACCAAAGAGCUCCCUGCAUUGCCCAGGUCAGCGCUAGGAUCUCCCGAGCUGCUGCAGUGCAGCCAGGGCAAGGUGUCGAGGCAGCUUCCCCUGUCCCUUCACUGUCUAUGAAGUGCAAAUCCCUCGUGUCCUGGAAGGGACGGCAUCAAGAGCUCUUGCAGCUUUAAAAGCACGAGGCAGGGCUGGUUCUCCUGGCGGCAGAUGCAGGUUUCUCUCCUCGUUGCCUCAUGGAUGUGCUCUUUGCUCGCUCUGCAGCUGGAGCCUGCACGUGUCUCUGCUUCCACUUUGUCCGUUUUGGAGGCACCUGGGGGAAAAGCCUCUUUAAUCAGGAAAGCUUUGAGAGCUUUUAAAGCAAAAGCAGGUAUUCCUUCUCCUUUUAGGCUUUGUACAUCUGCUUAGUUCCGUGAAAAACCACGUCGUGGCCCUCACUGUGUCUUCCAAAAGCAGGCUGAGAGCAAAUGCUUGUUUGGCUGUUUGUUUUUAAAUGAAGAAAUCUUCCUGAUUUCACCAGCAGCUGGCAAGCUGGGAGGACUGGGAAGAGCUUUCCCUCAGCAUCACAGGAUGGGCCCCAGUUUGGCAAACGAUCUUAACAUUUGCUUUUUGCACCCCAUUGGCAGAGGGCAGGUCUGUGUCCUGGAUAUUUUUUCUUCUUUGUUUUUGCUGCAUUUUUGAUAAUCGCAGCCCGUAAGGCACAACCAGGAGUGAUCCCUGCACAAGGCUCGAGCCUGGGCUGAUAUUCAGGGCAGUGCAAUGUGACAAAAACUGCCUUCAAAGGGUAAAUUCUGUGGCUGGGAGAGCAUGGUUUUGCUGCUGGAUGGAUGCACGCCCUGCUGGUGCUCUGGCAUAGAUGUAUACAUGUAAUACUGGUGCUUGUCAACCUCUUCUUUGUAGUUUUGUAUAUCUAAACAGCAUCUCGUUCCAGAACCUGAUCUUUGGUACCAAAUGGGUGGAUUCAGAAUCGGAAAGCAGGAGCAAAACUCCCCCAGGCUGCAUCCCAAGUGUGUCCAUGCAGGUCUGAUUCAAAGCCUAUGAUUUUUUCCUGGAGAGCAGCUGGCUCAGGAUCACAUCCCUCAUGGGGCUGCCAUGCUGGGAAAAGCCCUUUCCCCUCUCCCACUGCCAUCAGCCAUCCCCACAGCUGUCUAUUGCAGGAACAGCUCUGCAGGUUCACGCUUUGCAUCCUGGUAGCAGUGGGUUGCGUGUUGGGGUUAUUGCACUGCUCAAAAGUAGGAAUUUAUUCUUGAUUUUUAUUUUUUAUUUAGGAAAAAAAAACCAAAACAAAACAACAACAACAAAAGAGCCCCUGGGGCAUUUGCUACCGUUUGGAUUGCAGAGCUGGCAGCACCCAAGCUUGCUGCUGGUCCCUGCAGCAGCACAGACGGGUUUCUGUGAUGCUGAAGGCGCAGGUCGCUCAGAGUAUGGAGAUAAUAAUUAACAAAAAGGAUUGGUUGUGGUUCCCUCAGACCUUGUGCCUUUUCCUCCCACGACUCAGACCCAGAAGUUUUCCCUUCCUGCUUUUCUUGUCCUUUCUGCCCCCGAUCAGAGUGACCCCGUUUGGGUCCCCGUCGCUCAGGAAAUGUCACACAAGCCAUGUGGGGGUGUCACCCCCCUGGGGCUUUGUUCCCCAAACCAGGGUGUAGCGUCUGACAAUCCGCACUGCUCCCCCUCACCACCACCCCUACCCCCUUCUGUAGUCAGUCAUAUUUUUUUCACGGAUGGGAACUUGAAUUUCUGCAAAUGGAAAUGAGAAUAACUUUCUGCUUUCUGUUAAAGGUGAUUUUUAUAUUAAAAAUAGGAAGAGAAAAAAAAAAAAGAUAGGAAUGGCUCUGGAAUGAGUGGCUGAAUGCCCGCUGAGUCGAGGGCACGGUGGGACCCCUGAGAUGUGGGGGUGCAGUGCCUCCCUCCGCAGCCAAUAGCACUUACAGCCCCAGGGUCACCCUGCGCAGGGCUGUUCUGUGCUGGUGGUGUUCACCCAGGGGUGCACACAGCUUUAUUUCCUGAGGGCUUUUGCGGUACGGAUUUUAAUGGGACAAAACUGUCCUUUUGCUCCUGGCUUUCUUUUAUUUCAAUUUCGGAGUACUUUGGAUUUUUUUUUUUACACUUUAAAAAGGAAAAAGCUUGUAUGAAAAGCUGCAAUGACA